UGCUGGCAGUCCGGCUGCAAGGGCUGCGGAGGUUUGGGGGACGUAAGGGGCUGCCGGAACACCGGGGCGUCCAACUUUUGUGCCCCUCGGCCCCGAUACAAGGUCUAGAUGCGUAGGCUGACAGGCGCACGUGGAGGAAGCUGCUUGUCGGGCUGACACCUUGAGCGCCGCCACUUUUGUUUUUUCCCUUCGUCGUCAGUGACCACCAGCGAUCCUUUAUGUGAUGGUGCCUUUGGACUGGUUUUCAUUAUGAAAUAAAAACUCCCAGCCCGUUAUCUCCCACCUCCGAGUCCUUUGCCCUCCCUCUGCCCAGGCCCAACCUCGUUUGCCUUCAUCCAUCUCUACGCUGCCCAUGAGUCUCCAGAUCCGAGGAUCGGACUUUGGAAAGAAAAGAAAAAAAGAAAAAAAAAACCGAAAUAGACCGCCCCCAAGGGCCCCCCGGUUACGGUAGUGAUUGGCGUCGAGGACCCACGGAGAGAAACACGUUAGACGCCCCUUAGCCCAACCAGGGAGUGAAAGAUUUAUUCACAGUGAAAAAUGUCAUCUUUAAAUUCAGAGGAGCUGAGUAGAAACAAGAAGAAGAACUUAACUGACUUUCAGGCAGUAAAUUUGCCUGAUGUGAUACCACUACAUGACCUUAAAGCCAUUGAAAAAACCCAGGCUGCUCAAGUGAUCCAGAGAGCUUGGUUUUCUCAUAUGGAUAGAAUGAUGUUUCAGCUCUUAAAACAUACAAUUUGUGCAGCGGAAAAUUGUGUGACAUAUGAAAUACUGAAGAAAGUGUGUCCCCUAGAGGCCGAUCUUGUAAAAGAUCCUAGUGUGCAAUGUAAAGUUAGAUUCAGAUUUGGUGGUAAGACUUUCCCACCUUUUAUUGUGUUUAAAAUUUUUCUUCACACUGGAGGCCAUGGGAACAAGUAUUUCAGUGGAAAAAAUACACUGAGACCAUCAAGUGAGGCAGUGGUUGAUGCUUGCAAAAUAAUGGGAAAUCGGAAAUAUUAUGAUCAAAUAAUACAAGACCAACUUGAAUUCCAAAGGCAUAAAAUUGCUGAUGAAGUUGAUGUUGUUACCAUGAAAGAUUACAUGCAUUUUACCAGUUUUCUGGAUGAAACUCCAGCAUAUCUUGGGGGCAAAAGUAACUGCUGGAGAAAGCUGAGCCUGGAAAACAUCCCAAAAACAAUGAUAAUAUAUGACAUAAUGAAUUAUGCAACUUCUGGAACACUCUCAGAUCGUCUACAAAAAGAAUUGAAGUAUCUGUUGCAAAAACCAAAAUCUGUAGAGAUGCAACGUGACCAACUCUGGAUUGUUUCUAAAAUUAGGUCUUCUUCACCUUCUUCUAUAAGUGUAUCUUCUUUACAAAAAUAUUAUCAACAACAACUAACAAAACCCAACCAAUCAGGCCGUCGCACAAAGCGAGCACAACUAAAGAUUGCGAAGAUGAGAAAAGCUUAUCAGAAUGAAAAAGAGAAAAAUAUGGAAGAAUCAAAUAAGCAAAAAAGAAAUGAAAAAGAUCAGCAUCGUAUUGUUAUCAUUACACCAUCUUACGAACUUUUGGGAAUUAACUCACCUGCUUCAGAUGAUGAAUUGGAGCAAGAAGCAAAGGAAUUAUUUUCUUGGUCCAAACAGCUCUGUCUUGAUAACUCAUAG